CGCCUGACUGAGUUAGUCUAUCAGUCAAUCUACUGUUUAUUGGAAUCCUAAGGCCUGAUUAAGUCAGUCCAUCUACUUUUGAUUGACAAUUGUCACAUCAACUUCAUUUCACUCGCAAGCUGCACCUGAAUAAGUCUGACUCUGAGACUGACGGCCUGAUUAAGUCAGUCCAUCUACUUUUGAUUGACAAUUGUCACAUCAACUUCAUUUCACUCGCAAGCUGCACCUGAAUAAGUCUGACUCUGAGACUGACGGCCUGAUUAAGUCAGUCCAUCUACUUUUGAUUGACAAUUGUCACAUCAACUUCAUUUCACUCGCAAGCUGCACCUGAAUAAGUCUGACUCUGAGACUGAUGGCCUGAUUAAGUUAGACCUAUCUACUUUGGCAAUUGUCACUGUCUUCAUUGGAAAUUCAGCCAACUUCAUUUCAAUGGCAAAACGAAAACGUUCGUCUAACCCGCGAGCAGGCACUUCACAUGACGAUGAAUACAUGCCGAUGAUGGAUGACGUUAUGCUGUCUUCAACUCCUUUCAAAACGUAUGGGAAUGACUCUUCUACGGCCCAAGAUUCUCACGAAGAAAGCGAAGAUAGUGAAAGCGAUAUCAACAUCAGUGGUCGAUCUUCGCGCCUCUCCAAUAAUUCUAAAGCAAGAGGUCCGAAGAAGAGAAGUCCCAUUUGGAAAUUUUUUGAUACCAGUGGAGAAGGAAAACAACUGAAAACCAAAUGCAAUCUGACGAAAAUUGUUGAUGGUAAAGAGAAGAAAUGCACAUACUCCAACAAAGGCAGAAAUACCACAAAUAUGAGGCUUCAUUUAAACAACUAUCAUCCUGAGCAACUGAAACAGCUACAGUCAGAAGAAUUUAAAAUUGCUGAACAGACUUUGAAUUCAUCGUCACGCAGCUCAUCUGUUACUAGUUUCUUCAAAUCUAAAUCUUUCGGUGUCCCAGUCCACAAAAGAAAUCCUCUCCCACAAAACAGUACAUCGUUCCAGACAUUGAAGCUUGAUCUAACACGACUUUGUGCCUGCACGUCUUUUCCUUUAAGUAUGGUGGAAUCAGAGGAAUUUCAGAAGCUCAUUCAUAAUUUAGAUUCCCGCUCUGCUGAUAGCCUUCCAUGUAGAAACACUCUGAAGAACUGGGUAGUUAAAUAUUCUGAGGACAUCAUGAAAAAAGUCAUUUCUAACUUGCAACUUGUGAAAAACUACUUCAUUUCCAUGGAUAUUUGGAGCCAGCCUGGCCUUGACAAAUUUUAUUUGGGCAUUGUGGCUAUUUAUUACAAUCAUACAACUGAAAAACAAGAAGUUGCUGCUUUGGCUUGUCGUGAUUUUCCUCACCCACACACUGGGGCACGCAUCAAAGAGUUGUUCGAAAAAAUCUUCAAGGAAUAUGGACUGGACACCAGAAAAGUUAUUCGGUUUACAACUGACAAAGGGUCAAACAUAGUCAAAGGAUUAGAGCCAUACACAGUGUUUCAACGGAAGCCUAUGGUUCCAUCAGUGGAUCUUUUUGAAGAAGGAGCAGUGAAUAAUGUAAACGAUGCUGAAACAGAUCCUUUUGUCGAAAUAGAAUUAGACAUUGAGUUGGACAACAAUGAUGAAUCUGACCAUUCGGAUGAUGAAUUUGAUUCUGAAUCGGACAGCGGGUUAGGAGGAAUGGAUUCAAAUGCGAUCGAAACGGAGUACAAUGAUUUCCUUGAAAUUGAAGAAUUUUAUCGUCAAGCAUUUGGCAAACGUCUAUCUUGCGUGGCCCACGCCCUCAAUCUCGUUUUUCACAAAAUCUUGGAUGACAAAAAAUCCAGUUUGGGCAAGCUAAGGAAAGCAGUUCUUAAACUUCUGAAGAAAAUCAAUGCUUCUGGGGUCGCCAAUCAACAGCUGAAGUUGUUGACAGGGAAAAAAUUGCUGAAAGUGGCGAUAACCCGUUGGAAUAGUUUUUACUAUGUCCUAAAACGAGUUCUACUUUUAAAGUCGGCAAUUAUCGAUGUCUGCAGAGAUAGAUUAUGGGGUAUUGAUUUUGAUUGGGCAGAUGUGGAAAAAUUUGUGGCCUUUUUAAAGCCACUAGCUACCGCGACAACUUACUUAGAAGGGGACUACCCAACGGCUGCUGCUAUUAUUCCAGAAAUCUUGAGCCUGCAAGAGCAAUUUGUCAACGCGAAAGAGACUGAUGCGUCACUUCGGCGUAUCAGUGAUCAAGUUCUGGCUGAGUUACAAACGCGUUUCAAAACCAUCAUGAAUGUUACUGAUGAUAAUUUCGACAUGACUUGCUUGAUGUGUACAAUGCUGAAUCCUAGUAAAACACUUGAACUGCCAGGUGAGCUGUUUGAUGAACGCAAACGAAGACUGAAUGAAUUUCUAAGGACUGAGAUGAAUCAAGGACUUUGCUUAGUUUCCCAAAUGCCACUACCCAGUACGUCUCAGGAAGGCAAUGCUGCUGUUAGUCCUGAACAAGUACCAUCGUCAAAUUUAAGCGCAGAUAAACCUCAGCAUUUCAAGAGGCGAAGGCUUGUAAACACACCAUUCCUUCCAGCUACCGUAUCAAAAGAGGAGGAGUUGAAACAAGAAGUUCAAGAUUACAUCUUAAUGAUCGACAAAGGAGAAUUCAGCCAAAAAUGUGAUGUCCUUCAAUUCUGGAAAGAGAAAUUGGGUAGAUUUCCCACUCUAGCACCAAUUGCCUUGCAGUACCAGGCCAUGCCCGCAACUUCCGCAUCAGCAGAGCGUCUUUUCUCGUGCAGUGGCCUUUCCUGCAAAGGGAAAAAAACAAAUGUUUCUUCCGUUUUGCUUGAAUCGGAAACUCUGUGCCGUUUUAACAGAAAUUUAGAUUCAUAACUUAUUCAAAACUCAAGUUAUAGAAGAAAUACAGAAAG